GUUACUUUGUGGAUUGGUUGGUUACUGGCUAUUCCAGUUGGAUUAUACUGUGUCUACGGUCUUUAUCAUCAAACUCCAAAUCUUGUGGCUGCUAGUUUUUAUAAUGCACUAACUCGUACUGGUUAUGGGCUAAGUUUGAGCUGGCUGAUUUUUGUCUGCUUAUCAGGACAAGGGGGUGUUGUGGAUAAAAUUUUAUCUUAUAAGCUAUUCAUCCCUCUGAGUCGAUUGACUUACUGCGCAUAUCUGAUACAUCUGAUUGUGGUUUAUCUUUAUAUUUCAUCGCUAAAAACUACUAUUGUCUUUACUCAUCAAACAAUUGUUCUCAUGUUCUUGGGUUUGCUGAUUGUAACAUAUGCGCUUUCUGUUCUUGUGUCUCUGGCGUUUGAAUCACCCAUUAUCAGAUUAGAAAAACUUAUUAGAAGCAAAUUUCAGAAUAGAUGAAGAACUUUACAAAUAUAUUUCAAAUAUUUAUUAAUUUUAAAUUAACUAAAUAAUUAUAUAUAUAUUUUUCAAUGUAUCAUGCUUGUAAAUUGCCUCAUUUGUUGAAGAACUGCAUAAAAUAAAAUAAAAAAUUAGAUCAAAUA